UCUGAAAAAUAAAUUUCUAACAAGCUGAUUCUAAAAUAUGUAUUCAAAGGCAACAGAAGUGGAAAAGCCAAGAGAGUUUAACAGAUAAACAUAAGAGAUACCCUUGUGGCCCUCAGAAGGUUCUUAAGAAGGUAAAGAAGACAGUAGAAACGAGCCUCCUGAGUUUUGCAGGCCUUAAAUGGCGGCAGAAUCAAGAAAGCCUUCUCCAGCCCCAUCUCCACAAGACCAGGCUCCUGAGGAGGACCUUGUCAUCAUCAAGGUAGAGGAGGAUCAUGGGUGGGAACAAGAGUCUAGCCUGCCUGAGAAUAACCCUCCUGGACAAGAACUCUUCCGCCUACGCUUCAGGCAGCUGUGCUAUCAGGAGACACUAGGACCUCGGGAAGCCCUGAUCCAACUCCGGGCACUUUGCCACCAGUGGCUGAGGCCAGAUUUGAACAGCAAGGAACAGAUCCUGGAGCUACUGGUGCUAGAGCAGUUCCUGACCAUCCUGCCUGAGGAGCUGCAGACCCUGGUUAAGGAACAUCAGUUAGAGAAUGGAGAGGAAGUGGUGAACCUUUUGGAGGAUUUGGAGAGGCAGAUAGACAUCCUAGGACGGCCAGUCCCAGCUCGUGCACAUGGACAUCGGGUACUCUGGGAGGAGGCAACGCCUUCAGAACCUGCACCAGAACCUCCAUGUACUCUGCUCCAACCUGUGGUGGCCCAGCCUAAAUCUCCAGUGCCCCAAGGGCCACAAGAGAGAGCCAUGUCUAUGUCUCAGAGUCCCACACCUUCCCAGAAAGGGAGUUCUGGAGACCAGGAGAUGACAUCCACAAUUCACAAUACAGGGUUCCAGACUUUGGAGAAGAUUGAAGACAUGGCUGUAUCCCUUAUUCAAGAGGAAUGGCUUCUAGAUCCAUCAAAGAAAGAUCUAAGUAGAGAGAACAGGCCAGAGAAUUGUAAGAACAUGUUCUCCCUGGGUGGUGAGACCAGGAAUGAGAACAAGGAAUUGACUUCAAAACAGGUAAUAUCUGCUGGAAUCCAGCCCCAUGAAGAGACAGCUGCCAGAUGCAACGGGGAUGUUAUCAGGGGUCUUGAGCAUGGAGAACCCCAGGACCUUCUGGGCAGAUUAGAGAGGCAGCGGGGAAAUCCCCCCCAAGAAAGACGACAUAAAUGUGAUGAAUGUGGGAAAAGUUUUGCUCAAAGCUCAGGCCUUGUUCGCCACUGGAGGAUCCACACUGGGGAGAAGCCCUAUCAGUGUAACGUGUGUGGUAAAGCCUUCAGUUACAGGUCAGCCCUGCUUUCCCAUCAGGAUAUCCACAACAAGGUAAAACGCUACCAUUGUAAGGAGUGUGGUAAGGCCUUCAGCCAGAACACAGGCCUGAUCCUGCACCAAAGAAUCCAUACUGGGGAGAAACCGUAUCAGUGUAACCAGUGUGGGAAGGCAUUCAGCCAGAGUGCAGGCCUUAUUCUGCACCAGAGAAUCCACAGUGGGGAGAGACCCUAUGAAUGCAGUGAGUGUGGGAAGGCAUUUAGUCAUAGCUCACACCUCAUUGGACACCAGAGGAUCCAUACUGGGGAGAAGCCCUAUGAGUGUGAUGAGUGUGGGAAAACCUUCAGGCGGAGCUCACAUCUUAUUGGCCACCAGAGAAGCCACACAGGGGAGAAACCCUACAAGUGCAAUGAGUGUGGGAGGGCCUUCAGUCAGAAGUCAGGCCUCAUUGAACACCAGAGAAUCCACACUGGAGAAAGACCCUAUAAAUGUAAAGAAUGUGGAAAAGCUUUCAAUGGGAACACUGGCCUCAUUCAGCAUCUGAGAAUCCAUACAGGGGAGAAGCCCUAUCAAUGCAAUGAGUGUGGGAAAAAGUUUGCCCAUAGCUCGGGCCUUGUUCAAUAUCAGAGAAUCCACACAGGAGAGAAACCCUAUGAGUGUGAUCACCGUGGAAAAGCCUUCAGUGUGCGCUCAAAUUUCACUCUAAACGAAAGAAUCCAUAGUGAGUAUAAGAAAGCCUUCGGUGUGAGGGCACACCUGAUUAUACAUCAGAGAAUCCACACUGGUGAGAAACCAUAUGAGUGUGAUGAAUGUGGCAAAGCAUUUAGUGUGAGCUCAGACCUCAUCAAGCAUAAUCAGAGAAUCCACACUGGUAAGAAACCAUAUGAGUGUGAUGAGUGUGGGAAAGCUUUCAGUGUGAGCUCAGUCCUUAUCAAACAUCAGAGAAUCCACACAGAAGAGAAGCCAUAUGAGUGUAAGGAGUGUGGAAAAGGCUUCUAUGUGAACUCAGCCCUCAUUAACCAUCAAAGGAUUCAUGGAGAAAAGCCCUAUGAGUGUGGGGAGUGUGGAAAAGCAUUCAGUCAGAUCCCAACUCUUAUUCAUCACCAGAGAAUUCACACUGGAGAAAAACCGUAUGAGUGUGAUGAGUGUGGAAAAGCCUUCCGUGGAAGCUCAGAUCUUACUAAGCACCAGAAAAUAUAUGCCAAAGGAAAGUGUCAUCCAUGAUGUAUGUAGUGAAGAUACUGAGAAGCCUCAUCGUACAUCAGAAGUAACUGUCAGAC